UGCAAGGCAGCAGACGACAACGACGAAGAAGAAGAAGAGGCAUCCACAAGAUGGCCGCUGUCGAGCCACUUCUCGACCGCGCCGUCCGCUCCGUUCGCGCUCGGCUCUCGCACCAUCGCGUGUGGAGCCUGCAAGAACUGUGCCGACGCUGCCUCGUGUCAGCGCGUUCGCUGCUCGAGUGGAAGGCGCUGACGCAGAACUUCGCCGAGCGUGUCAGGCGCCGGGCCUGCCUCUUCUCGAUCGUGCACUUCAGCGGCUGCGGCGUCAACUUCUGCCUGCAGCGCUACUUCUCCGAGUCCGACCACCACUCCUACUGGAUCAGCUGCACGCUGGACCGGAAGUCCUACAUGGCGGUCAGGGCGUCGAACUACAACGCGGACAAGCUGCUCGAGGACGACGACCUGUGGCACUGGGCUCGCCUCGACCACCCGCACGUGCUCUCGGUGCUGGCGGUGGUGUGCAACGCGCCCGGCGUCCAGGUGUACCUGGUCACCCUGUCGCCCGACGACGGCCUCGAGCACUUCGCCGGCAUCCUGGCCGUCAGGGACCUCUGCGUGCACGAGCUGCAGCUGUGGAAGUUCCUGCGCCAGCUGUGCUCGGCUCUCAUCUACCUCCGAGGUCGGCGUACGUGAGCGCGCGGACGACCUCGCACGCCCGAACGUUAAUAGUAUUCGGCCUGCGUAAGGGCUGAGACUUAGCUCGCGGAAGCCCCUAUC